AUGGAAACCGCGACAAACCUUCUGUCAAAUUUUUACGGGGUUAAUUAUCCAAAAAACGGACCCAAAAUUUCUAAAUUGACCAGCUACAUUGGAAAUAGUACCAAAGAGCCUCAAUUAUCGAUUUCUUCUUCUUCUUCCGUCGAUGAAAGCUCUCAAAAUUUCAACAGCGAGGUAAACACUUCUUCCGAAGAAAUCACAGCCCAUAACCUGUUGAAGGUUUCAAUAAUCGACGAAUUUGACAAGGAAAUUGAUUUUGAAUUUAAAAAUUUGAAUUUUGGAGAAGAAAGCACUCAAAUUUUGGAUGAAGUUAAUAAUGAUAAUAAUAAUGAGAAGCAACAAAUUGGAAUUGAGAAGGAGGAUAUGUUAGAUACUUAUUCUGAAGUUUCAAGUGUGAAGUCAAAGAAAUUAAAAUUUUUAGAGUGGUUGGAUCUGAGGAAUAAUAAAUUGAAGACUUUGCCGAAGGGAAUAAAAAAUCACAAUUCUUUAGAAACAAUUUUACUCCAAGGAAAUGAAAUUGAGAAGCUUCCGGAGGAACUUUGUACUUUAGAAAAUCUAAAGGCUGUUAAUAUUGGGGGAGGGUGUGUAUUUCCACCCCCAGAGGUUUGGAUGAAGGGGUUUAGAGAGGUAAUGGAAGUUUUGAGAAAAGAGUGGAACAAAAAUCACCCGGAAAAGUAUUUACCUCGCAAAGAAGAAAAGCUUCCAAUUUUAUCUCAAAACAUCUUUGGAAGUUCUAAAAGGCCCAAAUUUAGGCCUAGAAGUCCCAAAUUUUCCAAAAAUUCAAGAUUACGGAGGUUAAAUUACAAACCGUCGAAUAAAUGUCCGCAAAUUCGCAAAUUAUUAUGCCCAAAUUGUGUAACUUCUCUGGAAAAUUCUCAAAAUAAGGCCCUAGAUUUUGGAGAAGAAGAUUCUGAAGAAGGGUACCAAUUGAAAGUCCAUAUGGUUAAAAAUAAAACAAAGAGGAACAAAGAAUAUUUGGAAAAUGAAGAAACUUACUUGGGUUCCAAGAACUGGGGGCCUAAUAAGCGAGAUUUGGGACUGUUGGUGAAACUGGAGGAAGAAGAGAGAGAAAAUUUGGAGAAGGGGAAGGUUAGGAGGGAGAAGAUUAGUUUAGCGGAAGAGAUGAAGCGAAUUGAGGACAUUCAGGUUAAGGAACGGGUGUACAAUGUUGUCACUAAUGACGGGGUGGUUACUAAAUUGAGGCCUAUGAGGCUGGGGGAUCCUGAUUGGGUCCUAGGUUUUGUGGAGAAUUAUCUUGGGUUUCAUAAACAGGUUAUGGCUCCAUACACUGGGUUCAAAAGAAUUUAAUUGUAAUGGACUCAAAAAAAAAUCUGAAAAGAACAUGAAAUAAAUAAGUGAAAAAAUAGGUAGGAAUUGUUAUUUUAUUUUGAGACCUAAAAGUUAGGUUUAAGGAACUUAAGAUUGUUCCUGGAACCGAGUAAUGUUCCUGGAACCUAGUAUUGUUCCUAGAAAAUAACAAUGUUCCAAUAACCUAGCAAUUUUCCUAGCAGCAAGUAUUGUUCCUAGAACCUAACAAUGUUCCUGGUACUUAUUGUUGUUCCUAGAAUUUAUUACUGUUCUUAGAACCUAAUAUUGUUCCAAGAACCUAACAAUUUUCUGGGUACAAAAUAUUGUUCCUAGAACCUAAAAAUGUUCCUGAAACCUAUUGUUGUUCCUAGAAUUUAUCACUGUUCUUAGAACUUAGUAGUUCCAACAAUAUAAAAAUGUUCCUAGAACCAAGUAUUGUUCCUAGAAUUAAUUGCAGUUCUUAGAACAUAAUUUUGUUCCUAGAACUUCACAUUGUUCGUAGAACUUAUUUCUAUUUCUAGAACUCAACAUUUUUCUUAGAAUUUACUAAUGUUCCUAGAACCUUGUAUCGUUUCUAGAACUUAUGAUUGUUCCUAGAGUUUAUCACUGUUCCUGGAACCUAACAUAGGACAUAACACUGUUCUUUAAGAAACCUAAAAAUAAUUUUCACUUGGUACUUUGUAGAAGCUCAUUCUGUUUUUUAUAAAAUCUUAUGUUGUUCUUAGAACCUCACAUUGUUCUUAGAACAUAUUAUUGUUCUUACAACUCUAAAUCGUUCUUGGAAUUUCUUACUGUUCCUAGAACCUAGUAUAAUUCCUAGAACUUAGUAUUAUUCAUAAAAUUUAUCACUGUUCCUAAGACCAAGUGCUGUUCCUGGAACCUAGUAUUGAUCCCAAUGUAACUUCAGAUAUAACUCAAUUUUCUUCCUUACAGAAUCUUAAAUUGUUCCUUAUGGAACCUAAAUUAUAACUUAAUAUCAUUGUAACCUAAAAAUAAUUGAUUAUUAAGAAUUACUCUCUAAAUAAGCCCUAAAAAAGAUUAUUUUUAAA